AUGAAGGACUCUGUAUAUGGUGCCGUCUUCAGCCUGCGACGUGAUUCAUCCGAUCUGUUACCAGCCUCAUACCACUACUACGAACAGGCAAUCGGCGGCCGGAGACGUCGCAGAGUCGAAGACCCUUCAAAGGAUGUGGCCGCCUUCUUGAACACGGAGUUAUCGCUGCAGCAGCUGGAGGGGAUAGACAAGCAUCUUUGGCUAGCAGGCGCCAAACGCCCUCCCACGCAACUGCAUUUGCAAGUCGCCAUCGGUCGCAACAUCGUCCUUGCAGACCGUAUGGACCUGCAUCUCCUAUGGAGCCCCGAUGGGAAGCUCUUUGUGAAGCCUCUCUCGAGGUUCCUCCUCAGUCCCGACUUUUGGCAAAAUCAUCUCACCUGUCCCGACUUUUGCUCGUGCAGCGACCGCUUUGGGAGCGGCAUGAGCAUGGAAUCUCAGCCGACUGUAGAGUCGAGACAUCCUCCUUCUCCCAACACCAUGUGCAAGGAACCCCUGCGAAAAGUCGCUCGCGGGUUCCUGUACACAUAUGCCUGCCUCGUCUCUACAGAAAGCGACUUUAUGAUUGCCAUUGAAAAGCGUCUCCUGCCAAGAGAAACGGACGAUGCACCCAUCAGAUGGGCACAAUGGCAGCGUUUCGUGAGAGAAAUCCUUGCUCAGCAUGAUUCAACCACCGUCCAUCCUCGCUUCAUCCGAGCAGAGCUUCGCUUGUCCCGCAUCAACGCCAUUCAUCGGACGAAGCAGUUUCUCUUUUCUGAAGCGUACUUUGGCGGAUGGAACAAUUACAGCAGCUUCUUCCGCGAUAAUCUCGCGUGGAUUGCUGCGAUAACAGCAUAUCUGGUUUUGAUCUUGACUGCGAUGCAGGUGGGCCUUGCGACGGAGCGGCUUCAGGCAAAUACUGCCUUUCAACAAGCUUCGUAUGCUUUCACGCUGCUUGCCAUUCUGGGGCCUGUGUGCAUGGUUAGCUUGGUGGUGUUGCGGGCUUUGAUUGAGCUUACAAAAGACUUGCGGGUGAUAUUCAAGCAAGAGAAGAAACAUGACAAUGCAUCUACAGCUUAG